GCACAAAAGCAUUUAUAGCAAAGACAACCUUAACUUUUACGUAGAAAGAUUUGAUUUUGAACGACACCCAUCUCCUAGUUUUCUGAAAUUCAAGAAUUUUAAGGUUUCAAUGGAGGGGCUAAUGAGUUUUCAGGCGAAUUCUGUUCAUGCUGUAUCUAGACAGCAAAGCUCGGUACUAGUUCCUAUAUUUUCUCCAAAAAAUACUAAUACAAGAGUUUCUGUUCAAUCAAUUGGAAUGGUGAGGAUUUCCAAAUUGUUUAAUUCCUUUGUUACUUCAGUUCAGCCUCUUGAAGCCUCUUCUGUAACCCCUUUUGACAACACAUUGCCAUCUAAAGAGGUUCUUGAUGUUUGGCAAAAUGCGAAUGCUGUAUGCUUUGAUGUGGAUAGCACUGUGUGCAUAGACGAGGGCAUUGAUGAAUUUGCAGAGUUUUGUGGUGCUGGAAAGGCUGUAGCGGAAUGGACUGCUAGGGCAAUGACUGGCUCUGUUCCGUUUGAAGAAGCAUUGGCAGCUCGUCUGUCUCUUAUUAACCCUUCAGUAUCCCAACUCCAGGAUUUUCUAAAGAGACCUCCACGACUCUCUCCUGGCAUUGAUCUAUUGGUCAAGAAGCUGAAGGAUAAAAAUAAAGACGUUUAUCUGGUGUCUGGAGGAUUUCGUCAAAUGAUCAAUCCUGUUGCAUCAAUACUUGGUAUACCGCUUGAAAAUAUCUUUGCCAAUCAAGUACUCUUUGGGAGCAACGGAGAAUAUGCUGGGUUUGAUAAAAAUGAGCCAACUUCAAGAAGAGGCGGGAAAGCUACUGUAGUUCAACAAAUAAGAAAGGUUCAUGGAUACAAGUCACUAGUGAUGAUUGGUGAUGGUGCUACUGAUCUUGAGGCUCGUAUGCCAGGUGGUGCGGACUUGUUUAUUUGCUAUGGCGGAGUUCAACUACGAGAAUCAGUUGCAGCUAAAGCUGAUUGGUUGGUGUUUAAUUUUAAGGACUUGAUUAAUUCAUUGGUGUAAUAUGCUAUAUUGCAUCUUCACUCUUUCAUCUGUAUUUGUUUUUCGGGGCUUAUGCAGCUUUAAAUUUCUGUCUUACGGUCACUUCAUAAGGUACCAUAAAAAUACCUGAUCUCAGAAACUGAAGGUUCAUAUUGAUUGGAAGC